AACUACUACUCUCCUAUUAUCAUAGCCUAUUUCCAUUUCUGAAGAAACUAAACUACUAUUAUUUCACCACUCUGAUUAUCUCUAUUCCUUAAUUAUACUUCUGCAGAUUAAACAGAAGAAAGGAAGGGAAACAACAUAUUCAAAGAAAUGGAUAUUGCUCAUCUUUUGUUUGGCAUAUUUGGGAAUGCUUCUGCUAUGUUUCUCUUCUUGGCACCAGUGAUUACAUUCAAGAGGAUUAUAGUGAACAGAUCCACCGAGAAAUUCUCAGGCAUUCCAUAUGUUAUGACACUGCUCAAUUGUCUUCUUUCUGCUUGGUAUGGCCUACCUUUUGUGUCUCCCAACAACAUACUAGUAUCAACAGUUAAUGGCACCGGAGCAGGGAUUGAGAUCAUAUAUGUUUUGGUAUUUAUCAUAUUUUCACCUAAGAAGGAAAGGAUCAAAAUUGUAGGUCUCUUCACCGUGGUACUCUCUAUGUUCUCUACUGUUGUGUUCGUGUCGCUCUUUGCCCUACAUGGCAUUUCUAGGAAGCUUUUCUGCGGUUUCGCCGCUGCCAUAUUUUCCGUCAUCAUGUAUGGUUCACCACUCUCAAUUAUGAGACUAGUGAUAAAAACCAAAAGUGUGGAGUUCAUGCCAUUCUUCUUAUCUUUGUUUGUGUUUCUUUGUGGCACUUCCUGGUUUAUCUUCGGUGUGUUAGGCCGUGACCUAUUUAUUGCUGUACCUAAUGGUCUUGGUUCUGUUUUGGGGGUAAUGCAACUAAUUUUGUAUUUCAUAUACCGUGACAAGAAAGGCAUUACAAAAAAGCAGGCCCAAAUAGAGGAGGGAUCAAUGGAGAUUGGCAAUGCAAAACCGUAUCAAAUGAAGCAAUUCAAUGGAAAUGAAAUUCAAGGAUGAUGACAUGUCAAGGACGCAAUUAGUGUAUUUUAUUAGCUACAUAAUUUGCUACUAAAGCAAGAACCUCUCUAAUAUACUGCUUUGCUCUUAUUUUAAUUUCAUAAUUAAUUGUAAUUGACUUCGUUUUUAGGCUCUGACACCUUCAGCUUAUAGUAUUGGUCGGAAACUAGCAUGUAUUGGUGAUUUUUUAGCAGCUUCUUACCGUUGGGGAGACACAUCUAAGUGAGUUUUUGUUAUGUGGCCUUUUCCUUGCAACCGACAAAAUAAAACUGCAAAAUUGUAUUAA